AUGCUUUUGUCAGCUGUCAGUCGAAUUGUACAGAAAUUUGUUUGUUCUAUUUGUUUUGCUAUUUCAACAAAAUUAGCUCAAUGUCAUGCCUCUGUUUAUGGGCAAUCGCCGCACUCGCGAAGAGGAUGAGACUGGACCCAUUAAGCUGACUGAGGAGUUGGACUACAAUUUCGAUUGCCUGAUGCGGGUGGCGAAGACCAUGUGCCAGACACUGGGCAGGCCAAAGGAUCAUCUCAUCUGCCGCAGCACACUAGAUGAGCUGAUCAAGUUCAAUCGAUCGGGCUCGCCGGAAGUGAAACAACAUGUCCGCAAAUUUCUACGAUUCUAUUUGCAAGUGUUGCGCUGGACGCAAACGCAUCAGCCCACAAAAACAUAUGAGAAAUGGUAUGGCGAUGCCUGUAACAGCAGAGUUGAUCCGACUGCCAACAAAGACGAAGAGUACGUUUGGCUGGAGGAGGGAGUAUCGUAUUUGGCCAUGAAACAGUUUGAGGAUGGCUCCACCAUGAUCUAUUCGGCGGUGGCCAAAGAUCCUGGUGCUGGCUGGGCAGACAACGGCUUGAGAACGCUCGCCGAGCAGUUGGGAAAUUGAUUUCAUUAUGAUAAACUAUAUUUCGACUAGUCAAAUUGUAUUGUUAACUAUUUUAAAUGUAGUCCGCAUCGUCUUUAAAUCUUCAGCCUAUUAAUGCUGAUGUUAUUUAAACAGUAUUUUUGAUAUAUAUAAACAGUAUAA